GCAAAGAGACGCUAUUCUCAAACCAAUUUCAAUUUCAGUUUUUCCCAACUUGUGCGUAUGCACUGGAGACGAGAGUUUUUGCCGCCAUGUUUGAAAACAGACAAGAUGGCGGAACUGUCACAUGAAGAGUUCAAGAAGAAUCUCUUUACAACUUUCCGAAGCCGCGGAGUACUGGAGGCCCUGAAGUCUCAACUGAGGAAUCGUCUAAUAAAAGAACUACAGGAAACUGCUGGCAAGGAUGAAUUGGCAGAGUCACAUGGUCAGUCAGAAAAUACAGAGACUGUCUGUAAACUUGCUGCCAACAGUCUUGUUGCUGACCACUUGAAGAGGUGCAAUUAUGAAUAUUCUUUAUCUGUCUUCAUGCCAGAGAGUGGUUUACAAGAACACAAGUUACUUACAAUGCGGGAUGUCCUUGUACUACUUAAGAUUAGUGAAGGUUCUGAGCUCUACCAGAAUAUGGAAGUGCUAUUGGAUAAACAAGGAUCAUCAAACGGUUUGUUGGUAGAAUUGUUAAGUGCUCUGGGUGCGUCUCAUUAUCAUGGAAAGUCUUCAAAAGCUGUUCAAGCAUCUUUACAGCAACUUUCUUCAAUAGAGGAUAAACUGCAAAGUGUGGAAAGAGAGUACCUCAAAAAUCUACAGACAGAAAAUCAGAAGUGGAGUUCCCAGACAGAAAAGCGUCUGCUUGGAUUACACAAACAGUGGGAACAGGACAAGAAAAAGCUGGUUGAGGAGGAGCUUGGGUACAUAAGAGCAACAGAACUAGCCCGUGUAAGGCUUGAGGAGAAGGAAAAAUAUCAAAGAGAAGUCCUAACUAUUAGGAAACAGCUUGAGGAAAAAUAUGCAGCCAAGGCGGAGAAAUUAAAAGCAGAUGAAAGAGAAAAGUUACAGUCACUGAGCACUCAACAACAGCUUCAGGAAGAAGAAGCACAUAUGCAACGACAGAAACUCCUGGAAGAUAUGUUGUCUCUCAAACAGCGGGAAACUGAGUUUGAUUUAAAUCAGGAAAUGAAAGCGAAGACAUUAAAGCUCGAAGAAGAGAGGAUAAAUGUUUUAUCACAAGAACUAAAAAUCAAGAAAUCCCUUUUAGAAGAUGCAGAGGCCAACUAUAAUAGAAGACUUAAUGAAGAAGUACAGAGGUACAAAUUAAAAUGUGAAGAAGAAUUUCACGACAGAAGACAAACUUUAGAGCUUAAAGAAAAACAGCUGCAACGAGAUUUGGAUGAUUUUGAGAGGAAGCAAGGUGUUUAUAUAAACGCCUCUGAUGAACUGCAAAGAACCAAAGAAAAAUUAAGAGAAUUGCAGAUUCAACUUAAUAAUAACAAGUCACAACUUUCUUUAGCUCUCCAGAAAAAGGAAACAAUGACUGAAAAACUCAGCGAGGACGUUGAGGCGAUCAAGGAAAGGGAGGAUGCUCUUGCUAAGGAGAAUGCAAUGUUGAAAAGAAACUUGUUAAGAUAUGAAGAAGAAGAGAAAGAAAACCAAAGAAUAGUCAGUGAAUUGAGAAAAAAAUCAGUGGAGUCUGCUGCAGACUUGCUACAUCUGCGAGAUCAGUUAAGUCAAAUGGAGAAAACCACCAAGUCUAAGGAAAAGUCUUGGAAAGAUUAUAAAACAAAGAUGGAAUCCAAACUGGAUGAGGAGUGUCAGAAGCGGCUUAAGUAUCAACAGCUGUAUGAGGAAACGACGAUGAGUCAGUCGGCGCUAAAUCAAGAGAUAGCUGACUUAAAACUUACUUUACAACAAACUCAGCAAGUACUCGACGUGGAACUUGGCAGAAGAAGAGCAAACUCCAUUCCUUGCAUAGAGUCCUUACCAAGCGAAAGCGAUUCCCCGGCAGGACUUAAAACUCAACAGGAAGGUGAUAGAACACCUCUAACAGACUCAGUUAUGGACGAAACCAGUAGCACUGUGGUUAUGAUAGCUCAGAGCAAGGAACUAUUUGAUCGGCUGGAAAAGGAAGCCAAGGAGUUGGAAGAAUCCUAUCAGAAGUUCCAGUCACGAAUCAACCAGAUGGAACUAGAUGUUCACCCAACGUCUCGUUCUCCUGAUUUUCAUCAUCUUACUCAAAGCCUCCAUGGAAAUACAUUUGGUUAAAGAAAAUUUAAUUUUCACAAAAUCCCUGUGUCUUGUGUCCCUUCCAUUCCUAGGAGUGAUCACAUCAACACACUACUAUAUAUAUGGAGUUUGUCAAUACUCAUAUCAGAAUCCUCUGGGCUAAGAAGUGUAUUACAGACAGAGUGGAGAGACGAUGUUUCGAACUUAAACUGUAGAAUUUCAAAUUCUCCUUUGCUGUCACCCAGCUUGUCAAUAAGGGAUCCAAUUUUGCCUGGCUAGUAAAUAUGCAGGGGUUAUCAAAAUCAAAAAAAGGAACAUUGGGAUAGCCACGCAAUGUUCCGAGAGAAAUAGGUUUGAAAUCUGAAAAAAGUGCUAACCAUCCUGAUUAAUUUAUGCAUUAAACGUGGAUUAAACGCGUUAUCCCAUACCUU